GAGGGUGGCGCGGGGAAGCGGUGGGAGCCAUUGCCGGUCACGGGGCUCACUUACGGGCCCAGAUCUGGCCACAUCUUCGGGGAUCCUAGAUCUCCCCGCGCCGCUUCCAGUCGCCCCAGCGGCAGGGCAAGGGCGGUGGGCGGGGCUCGCAACCGCCGCCGGCGGAGGCGGGACCUGCCGGGAGGCCCAAUGGCGGUAACGGGAGGGGCCUCUGGGCACCUGCCGGCCCAGUAGUCAAAGUCAUCUGGCUGGCGCUGCCGCACACCGGGCAGCCGGAACCCCCAACCCAAGAUGCUGAGCACCCUCCUGAGCUUAAACAGCGGCACCUGGAUAGAUACCUUCGCCCUACUCUUGGCUCUUGGCGUUGCCCUCUACUUGGGCUACUACUGGGCAUGUGUGCAGCAGCGGCCUCAGCUGGUGGCUGGGCCCCAGUUCCUGGCCUUCCUGGAGCAACACUGUCCAGUGAUCCUGGAAACCUUCUUCCCCACCCUCUGGUGCUUUGAGGGACGGCUGCAAUCCAUCCUGCGGAUCUUCCUGCAGACUUGGCCCCCAGUCCCUUACUGGAGUGAAGUCCUUCCAACUCCAGACGGGGGCCAGCUACUGCUGGACUGGGCUGAAGAGCCUGGCAGAGACCAGCACCCCAAGCCCAGCACACGGCCCAUCGUGCUGUUGCUUCCAGGCAUCACUGGCAGCAGCCAGGAGAACUACAUCCUGCACCUGGUGAGCCAGGCUUUAGCAGAUGGCUACAGGGCCGUUGUCUUCAAUAACAGGGGCUGCCGUGGAGAAGAACUGCUGACCCCCAGGUCUUACUGCGCCAGCAACACUGAGGACCUGGAGACGGUUGUGAAGCACAUCAAGCACUACCACCCCCAGGCCCCACUGCUGGCUGUGGGCAUCUCUUUUGGAGGGGUACUGGUGUUGAACUACCUGGCACGGACUGGACAGGAUGCUGGGUUGGUGGCAGGACUGACUCUGUCUGCAUGCUGGGAUUCCUUUGAGACCACCCGCUCCCUGGAGAUGCCACUCAAUUUACUGCUCUUCAAUCAGCCACUCACUGCUGGGCUCUGUCAAUCUGUGGAAAGAAAUAGAAGCGUGAUGGAGAAGGAAGUGGAUGUAGACUUUGUGCUAAAGGCCCGCACAAUCCGCCAGUUUGAUGAACGCUACACAUCUGUGGCCUUCGGCUACGAAGACUGUGUUGCCUACUACCAAGCAGCAAGUCCAAGAAACAAGGUAGAUGCCAUCCAGACCCCUGUGCUCUGCCUCAAUGCAGCUGACGACCCCUUCUCCCCGGUUCAGGCCCUCCCCGUGCAGGCAGCCCGGCUCUCACCCCACCUUGCACUGCUCGUCACAGCCCGGGGCGGCCACAUCGGCUUCCUGGAAGGGCUGCUGCCCUGGAGGCAUUGCUACAUGAGGCGCCUGCUGCACCAGUACGCCAGGGCUGUCUUCCAGCACCCGUCUGAGCUGCUGGACCUCGGGGCCCUCACACAUUCUGAGGGCAGAGGGAGUUGACACAGGGUUCCAUUUGGGGCUGGUUCAGCCUUCCCUUUUUAUUAAACAUCAACUUUCCGGC